AUGAUAGAUGAAGGAAUGACAUGCAAAGUGAACAUGGGUGAUGCAGGAUUUUCAUUCCAACCUCCAGGAAAACUAUACAAUCCCGCUUGGAUGGCACCAGAGGCUCUUCAAAAGAAAUCAAAUGAAAUUAAUCGUAAAUCAGCAGAUAUGUGGAGUUUUAGCAUUCUGCUUUGGGAAAUGGCUACGAGGGAAGUACCAUUUUCUGAUUUGGCAAAUAUGGAGUGUGGCAUGAGGAUUGCACUUGAGGGAAUGAGAGUAUCUAUACCACCUGGGGUUUCACCACACCUAAUGAAAUUAAUGAGGAUUUGUAUGAAUGAAGACCCUGCGAAGCGGCCCAAAUUUGACAUGAUUUUACCCAUCUUGCAGAAAAUGGUCGUUUGA